AUGGACAACAUGGAAGACGUCGCAAAUAUUUCUCCAUGCAAAAAAAAUCCAAAAGGAAAAUUCGUUGGCACUGGUCAAAAGAAUAUAAUUAUUAAUGUGUACAAGGAUAAAAUCAAACAACAGCUCGAAAAUCCAGAGAUGCCCAAAUUGUCGUUCAGGGAGCUUAUCGUUAGCAUUUCAAAAACCACUGGUAUUGGGCAACGUACAAUUCAAACUACAUUGGGAGAAUAUAAAAAGGAAGGUACAGUGUCAUCGCCCAAUAAAAAAAAAGUGAGACCUACGGUACUUCAAAAAGUGGACGAAUUCGACAAAAAUGCCAUAAGGCAAAAAAUUCACAAUUUUUGGAGAAACCGUGAGGUGCCAACAAUUUCAAAAAUGUUAAUUGCCAUCAAUGAAGACGACUCAUUACCGAAUCUGAAACGUACGUCUUUCCAAUUAAUAUUAAAAGAUUUACAAUUUGAGCAUUACCGAGCACAGAACAGGCCAAUAUAUUACUUAGAUGAGACGUGGGUCAAUGCAGGCGAGACGCAUAGCAGAACGUGGGUAGAUACAACAGUCGCAUCAACACGAGAUGCACACCUGAGAGGUCUCACCACAGGACAAAAGGCACCCUCCGGCAAAGGUAAGCGUCUCAUUGUAUUACACAUCGGGUCGUCAGACGGUUUUGUUCCGGGGGGCCUUUUGUGUUUCGAAUCCAAGACCAAUUCUGCGGAUUACCAUGACGAAAUGAAUGGCGAUACGUUUUACGAAUGGUUUGUUAAGACCCUGCCAUUACUUAAACCGAACGCCAUCAUCGUCAUGGAUAAUGCUUCAUACCAUUCCGUAAAAAAACAGAAAAUACCAGUGAGGUCUUGGAAAAAACAAGCUAUAAUUGAUUGGCUUGAGAGUAAAGGUGUGAUCGUUACUCAUCCUAUUGUUAAAAAUGAUUUAAUGAAAAAAGUUUACAAAAUAAAAAAACAUCACGACACAUACGUAAUCGAUGAGUACGCAAAAGAUAACGGAACACUCGUAUUGCGAUUACCUCCAUAUCACUGCGAGCUAAAUCCUAUCGAGCUCGCCUGGUCGUCCGUGAAAAGUUAUGUCCGGACGCAUAACAACACCUUCAAAUUAAAGGACGUAAUGGAAUUGUUAAAAAAAGGUGUGGAACACGUAAGUCCGGAUAUGUGGAAAAAUUUUAUUGAACAUGUUAAAAAGGUGGAAGACAAGUUUUGGGACUUGGAACAUAUUACCGACGAAUUAAUGGACGAGCUACCCGAAGACGAUGAACGUCAUGUUCUCACUAUAGGAACAGGAGAUACAAGUUCUUCUGAUUGUGACUCCGAUUGA